CUGAAUGCAGCAUUUGCGUAUGUCAAUAAAAACAAAAUGUAUCCAAGGAAUAUCUUAUUGUAUUAAUAAAAAAUGAUAGCUUAUAUGCUAUCCCUCAGAAUAUGCCGCGUUUUAUGAAUAUUAAUUAGCAAGUUAUUAAAACUCAAGCGAAGGUUCAGAAGUUUCCAAAUGUACAGAUGCAUCUGUGACAGACUAUGAUGCACACACUAAAUUAUUUGUUCUAAACUUUCCUUUCUCCGGAGUCAGAGCUCAAAGCCUUGUUCCUAGGAAAGGAACGCAGCUAAUUUUCGACAACUGAAAGUGGAUAGGCUAAUUUCGAAUUAUCUGCGGAUUCCCAAGGAUGGAGCGUAAUGACCAAAACUGAUAUAUGGUAAUUUCUGCAUUGGAUCACAUGACUCGUUUACCCUUAGAAUCAAUCAAGAUGAAUUGCACGUCAGCUUACGUUUCCAAUUUUUUUCUCUUCCGCCGACCCGUUCAUACGCCUUUAGAGUAGAAUAGAUGGAGCAUGUUUAACGCUAUCAAUCCCGAUAAUUCGUUCUCGAAACCACGAAAACAAAACAUGACUGAGUUUGAAGACCGCGGUGGCUGCAACUCGAGCAUGUAUCUGCCCAGCUGCACGUACUAUGUUUCAGCCGCAGAUUUCUCGGCAGUGUCAUCGUUCUUACCGCAGACAACUUCUUGCCAAAUGACAUUUCCUUAUUCAUCUAAUUUAGCUCAGGUUCAACCUGUUCGAGAAGUGUCGUUCAGAGAGUACGGGUUAGAACAUCCGACAAAAUGGCACUACAGGAGCAACUGUACUCCUUGCUGCUCUGCAGAAGAGAUAAUGCACAGAGAGUACAUGCAGCCACCAGCCAGAACGGGAAUGUUGUUUAAAAAUGAUAAUGUAUACAGUCAGCGUGCAAGCUCAAAUCCAUCUUGUAAUUUCUACACCACUGUUGGCAGGAAUGGAAUACUCCCGCAAGGUUUUGAUCAGUUUUUUGAGACAGCCUAUGGGAUUUCUGACUCUACUAAUUAUGAACAGUUGAUCGAAAAGCCCGUGACUACGUGCCAGAGUAUUACAACAUCUGAUAAAGUUUCUAUGGGGCAGAUGAAAGGAGCUGCUCAGCGAUCCAGAAAGAAAAGAUGCCCUUAUACCAAAUAUCAAAUCCGGGAACUUGAGCGAGAAUUUUUCUUCAAUGUCUACAUAAACAAAGAAAAACGUUUGCAAUUGUCGAGAAUGCUAAACCUCACCGAUCGACAAGUCAAAAUAUGGUUCCAGAAUCGGAGAAUGAAAGAAAAGAAACUUAGCAGAGACCGCCUGCACUUUUUUACUGGUAAUCCUUUAUUGUGACUGUGAUGGAUUCCCUUUGGCCGAAUCUUCACUGCCUUAGUCAAUAUUUAUUUACACAAGGAGGGACUGCAGGUUUGAUGGAACAGUUUUGCUCUUCUGAUGUGGAAAACAGGUUAAACGAUUGACAUAGAAUUGGAUUUGGGGUGAAACGGUCCUGCAGACAACAUGGGCGCAAUAUUAAUUAGGGAACAUUAUUACCUCAGCAUUGAUGUUAUUCUGUUCCUAAGGAAGAAGCUAAUUUCUGCGGGAUAUUCAGGGAAAAUAAGCAGCAUUUCAUUUUCAACAAUAAACGGAGGUGAUGGAGGGCUAAAAUAGUAUAUUGUUAGUUCACAGCGAUGGGUCAAUCAGAUAAAAUAAUAUGUUCCAUUUCUUCUUUUAGUAAUUGUAUAGGCAAACUAACGAGAACUGUUUAAGUUGUGUAUUCUGAUGGAAAGAAAACACAUAUUUAUUACUUUAUCUUUCUACUUUAUAUCAUGAGUUAAUUAUAAUUUACUGUAGAUAGGGACGUUUGAAGGAAACGUGAUAUUAAGAGUAAUGUUUCCGAGUUACGCGCUAGUUGACAUUUCAUGUUAAAUGCAUGCGAUAGGAUAUCUUUCAUUUACAAAUGAAUAAAAAGUGUUAUUCAAAUUCUUUCAAAUAAAACAUUUUUAAAAUAAAUGACCAUU